CCCAACGUGCUCUACGCUUUAUUUAUGCAGGAAUUGGCCGGUGUAGUUACAUUUUCAAAGCAUCCUCUUAAUCUUUGAUAUAGAUGAACUUUUGUAUUUAAUUUGAUCUAGUUCCCGCUCAAGUGGAUAAUGAACUGCGCAAGAAAAGAAGCCAAGAAAGUUUAAAUGGACUUUAAAUGCGGUUUUGUUUACGGAGGCACUACGACCUCACUAGCUUUUUAAAAGUCCAAACCAGUGGAUUACCAGAUUACUUUUCGAUUUAAACUUUUUUUUUUAUUGAUCCACGCCUUUAGCCAAGGAUGUGAACACCUGCAUUUUUCUCCCUGCGAUCUUGGCGAUUUGAAUCUCCUAAAGGCUAAAUUGAUAAUUACAAGACAGAAGGAAGUUCAAUGGACUGAAGGGAUACUUUUUUACGACCUGUGGAAAAGUGCCUCGAGCAAGGUUGGGAGAUAUGUGAAGGAGUGUGAAGGACGGCCAUGGGACAGGAGAGACACUGGCUUCAAGCUGUCAUCACUGCUGGAGCCAUCUGUCUGCUUAGUGUUUCUCAAGGCGUGGCCACAUUGGUUCAAGCCCGGGAAGGGGGAUUUGCAGAGUUGGACUGUAACCUCGAUCCCAUAUCCAAAGGAGAAAGCAGCCCAAACCUCUUCCCUCUGCAUGUGGUGGAAUGGGUGCGGCUUGGUUACAAUGUUCCCAUCCUCAUUAAAUUUGGAGUAUAUGCCCCGCGGGUUCAUCCAAACUACAAGGGCCGUGUAUCUCUGACCCGGGGUGCCUCUCUGCUGGUGGAGAGACUGACUCAGGAGGAUGAGGGCUGGUUUGAAUGCCGAAUCCUGCUGUUGGAUAGCAAAACCGAUGACUUUCAAAAUGGCACAUGGACCUUUCUCUCCAUCACAGCUCCACCUGUAUUCAUCAAGACACCACCAACUUUUGUAGAGGUUCUACUUGGAGACUCACUGACUCUCAGCUGUGGAGCCCAUGGCAACCCUCGUCCAACAGUUGUCUGGCAUAAAGAUGAGAACCCCAUUGAGAAACAUGAGAAAAUUAAAGUGCUCAAUGGGUCGCUGUCUCUGGCCUCUGUUACAAGAAAUAUUUCAGGAGUCUACAAAUGUCACGUGUCAAACUCUGAGGGAAAUCUUACCCACUCCACACAGCUGCAGGUCAAAGGCCCGCCUAUAAUCCUCAUUUCCCCAGAGGACACCACUCUGAACAUGUCCCAGGAUGCAGUUCUGCAAUGUCAAGCUGACGCCUACCCCUCGAACCUUACCUAUGAGUGGAUGAAACAAGGACAAAAUGUUUAUCAUAUCGAGUCACUAAAGUCACGGGUAAAGGUUUUGGUGGAUGGGACACUUCUCAUACCAAAUCUUAUUCCAGAAGAUGCUGGGAACUAUACAUGCAUCCCAACGAAUGGGAUAUUAACACCACCAUCGGCCUCUGCACAUCUCAAAGUUAAACAUCCUGCACGCGUAACCCGGAUGCCCAGAGAAACAUAUUUGCCUGCAGGCAUGGAGGGGGUCAUUGUUUGUCCUAUUCAGGCAGAUCCCCCAGUGCUGUAUGUGAACUGGACAAAAGAUGGAAACCACUUGAAUCUUGAUAAUUUCCCAGGUUGGAUGGUGAAUUCUGAGGGCUCAGUUUUUAUUGCCCGGGCCAAUGACAAUGCUGUGGGCAUGUACACAUGUACUCCCUACAACAGUUAUGGGACUAUGGGCCAAUCUGAGCCUACUAAGGUCAUUUUAAAGGACCCUCCCACCUUCAAAGUGCCUCCGCGUCCAGAAUACCUGCAGGAGGUGGGCAGAGAGUUGAUCAUCCCAUGUGAAGCUUUUGGAGACCCUUCCCCAAACAUAACUUGGAGCAAGAUUGGCCCCACUCCACGCUCUCCCAUCACUGUGCUGACAAAUGGUUCCCUCCUCUUGCAGCCCCUCAGUAAAGACCAUCAGGGGGGCUGGGAAUGCCUGGCCUCUAAUCCAGUGGCCACUGUCAGCGCCGGCACUGUAGUCAUGGUGCUUGGCACCAGCCCUCAUAGUGUAUCUUCAGUAACAGUGAAAGCAGAAAUGAAUCAAGCGAAUGUCUCCUGGGUGCCAGGUUUUGAUGGAGGAUUCACCCAGAAGUUUACUGUAUGGGUCAAGCAGGCAUCCAGAGGAAAACAUGAAUGGGCAUCCUUACCUGUUCCUACAUCUAAAAACUACUUGUUAGUUACUGGACUACUUGCUGGCACCAAUUACCAGUUCAGUGUUCUUCCUCAGAACAAGCUUGGAUCUGGACCCUUCAGUGAAAUUGUUUCUGUCCAAACUAUUGCUGUCCCAACAGAAGCACCUAGUCUCUCCACCUUUCUGCCCCUGGAUCCCCCCAUUAUGUUGGCGGUCAAUCGAACUUCUGAAGGCGUGGUUCUGGGCUGGUUAGCUCCGGAGACCCCAUCGUCCCCUGUCACUGGCUACGUGCUUCAGGCCCGCAAAGACCACGGCCAGUGGGUCAUCAUUACCAGCAACAUUGGCGCAAAUCAAAGUGAACUACUUGUGAAAGGACUCUUAAGAGAUUCAAAUUAUGAUCUCAGACUACUAUCCCGCAGCUAUAAACUGCUUAGUGUGCCCAGUAACUCUGUCAAUGUCUCUACAAUGGGAAUGGAUGUAUAUCCACUGCGUCCAAGUUUUCUGGAAAAGGUCCCAGAGUCCUUGUUGGCUGGUGUGAUUGCUGGAAUGUGCUUCCUGUUUGCAACAAUCGUUUUGUCUUUAGUGACAGCUUGUUAUAUGAGUCACAGGAGACAGCAGCGCCGCAAAAAGAGAAGAGGAGACUUGCCCAAUGCCUUACUGAAGAGCUCAUCGCCACAAGCUCGAUCACCUCCUCGGAGUCCAGACAGUGUUCUCAAGUUGAAGCUGUGUCCACCACUGCCCUUCUUUCCCAGUGUUUCCUCUUCACACGAUCGUUCCUCUUUUGAAAAGGGCAGCCGUGGAGAGUACUAUGACCAGCGGAAACAGCUUUUGAGUAACUCGUCUCCACCUCCUCACUACACCAUGUUUGAGAGCCACCUGGGGUCCCAAGCCCCAUCUCCAACUGCACUGGAGUCUAUCUCCAGAGGACCAGAUGGACGUUUUAUUGUGCAGCCACAGCAGGAGAGUUCAAAUGCUAAAAAUGUGUUGCAAAAUAAUGGCAGUGCAAGUGGCUCUGGCAGCAAUCGGACAUCAUUCAGGGAUUCUCCAAAGUCUAGUAUCCUGAGCUCAGAAAAAGACGAAAGAAAGAAUUCUUCUCUAACUGUGGAUGUACCUGAACUGGGCAGGCCUCCUGCUUCUCCUGGUAGAGUACGAGCCAUGGCUAGAAACCUCUCUCGUCAUGGCUGUUUUUACUCAGAUGAUGAACAAAGCACUGAAGCCCUUCUGGAAAGAGCAAGUUUCUACUCUGACAACAGUGAGAAAAAACCUAGUGACUCGCUACGGAGAUACCGCAUGCUGGACCACGCAGAGGAACUCUUCCCCAGUUUGGGCAGAAGAGGCAAAAAUCAAGAGAGGGACGGGCUCAAUUUGAAUCAAUCACGAGAAAAAGACAGAACUCUAGUGUCUCAACUAGAUACAAACCUGGAGUUGGACACUAUCAAUAAGUGUGUUCAGCUGGUAGAAGCAAGAGAGGGAAUAGAGAAGGAGCUGGAGGCUUAUACAGCCCAUCAGCAAAGUCAGGCUCAGUCAGAAAAGACAAGAAGUCCCCACAGAGAGGCAGUAGACAAAGAGCCUGUGUGGAAACUACAAGAGGUUUCUUUUAGGCAGAAACACAAAGCAGCUGGUCAAACAAGUCGGAUCUCAGAUUAUAGAAAGGCUUGUUACUUUGGCAGUACGAGCAGCCCCAUGGACCGCCUCUCUAUGUCCCGUAUCCAUUGGGACAUAAGUCCUGUGACAUCGGUCACCAGUCUUGUUCCUGUUCAAAGUCCAAGGGAGAGCAGUUCCCCCAGACCUGCACUCUCUCACACAGUCCGGGACAGUACAGAGGACUCUGUUCAUGCUGACUCUGUACAGUCCCCAGUGACGCAGAACACAUCACUUCCUUUGACGCCUGAUUUCACCUCAGAAAGCCUACCAGCGCUGCACUUACAGUCGCCUCAAAGAGACAGGUCGCUUAGUCCAGUUAAGCCUGCAAAUAACAGAAGAUCCAUUGCAGGUACACAGCCUUGGGACUCUGCUGCUGCUGCUCGGCCCUAUACUCACAGAGAUAAUACUGUAGUAGAAUUUAAAUCCAGGAGAGAUUCAAGUCCUUCAAGUUUCUCAACUUUACCCUAUCAUGAGCGCGAAACAGAAGGUGUAAGAACAUGCUCUAGAAAAAGUGACAAAUGUCUCAUCUCUGACAGCCCUAGUCCUAUUACAACUUUGACUCUGGUAGAAGAAGUAGAAAGUGACCAGUCUCAGUUGUCUGUUCCCAGAAUGUCUGGAUUCAAAGCUAAACCAGUAGUAGACUCUCCGAAAAUGUCUCCUAUGCAAACGAGUGCGAUUCUUGAAUAUCUGAGCCUUCCAGGUUUUAUUGAAAUGAGUGUGGAUGAACCAGUGGAAGAAAGUGAAUCUACUGAAUCCCAACAAAGUUCUGAAGAAAGAGCAGGAGCUUCUCCUGUGACAAAGCCAGAUGUUGUUCCUAAAAACUGGGAGGUACAUGUGAAAAAUCAAGAAAGUGAGUCACAUCUGAAGGGAGUUAGAUUUGAACAAAGUCUUAUAGAAGAAGAUGAUUCACACAUAGUUCAGGAAGCACCCAGAGAUCCUUUACUUAGAGUCAGGUUUCCUGAUGAGAAUGUGACAUAUGCCCCUGAAAAAACCUGUAGACAACUUUAUGAUGAGAAAACCCAACUUAGACUAAGAAAGACCAGUGCAGAGAGACAAGAGUUGCGACUUGGAUCCUCAUCAGCUCAUACAUUGUACAGUACAGCUAAAGGCAUGGCAGACAUAGUUGCAAAACAUUCAUCAAGUUUUGUUGACAGCAGUGAGUCUUUCUCAGAGGUACCCCAAAGAUCAGCUUCUCAGGGAAGCAGGGCUAACAACAUUGUGUCACGUAUAUCUCAAGCUCCUGUCCCAUUUCUCAAGAAAUCCUUAAGUAUUGGCCCUUGCAGAACACUCUCAGGUAUGGGGCCACCACGCUUUAUGAAAAAAUCUCUUAGUUUAGGCGCUCAGAGAUGGGAGCAUUUUGAGAGCCCAAGACCCUAUGUCUCUGAGAGAUGUUACUGGGAUGAGUUUCCAAGCUCGGAUGCCAGAGUUAAAUCCUAUAGUUUGGGGCGCACCCCUCCUUCUUUUAUGAAGCCAGGGCCAUCUUGGAGGGAAUACAUGCCCUUCAGAAGGCCCAGCGUGGGGAGUUUAGAAAGAUCACAUCAUCCCCAGAGAUCUUUAGUUAGUCCUCCAUACCUUACACCAGCAGUGUACCCACCAAGACAAACCUCAGCCUCCCCUUUGUUAGAACCCUGUGAUCCACGUCGACAAGCUGCAGUGUUUCCUGAAUGUAGCAGGUGGUCUCCUUCAUUUGAAGAAUCCAUGCGGCCCCCUGAGCCAAAGUAUGUCCCUACGCCCUCCUGUGUCUCUGUACCUCAGUACCAGCAAUGGCCGGGCUCCAGAGGGGAGUAUAUGAGACCCAUAGACUACAGAAGAGGCCCUCAAAGGUCAUACUUGCCACGGGGCAUCAGCUGGCCCUCCCCCUAUUACCCCCCUUGUCCAACUCCAUGUGAGGGGGAGCCAUACAGACACACAGAGAGGAUGAUGGGACGUCCUGGGGACCUUGAGUACAGAGAGGUCAGAGAUGGGGGGCGAGCCAGUUAUGCCAGCCAGAGUAGCGGCCGUGGAAGUGCUGGUCUCUAUCGCCAGUCAUUGUCCAUCACUCCAACUCUGCUCAGCUCUCCUGAAACAACAGAGGAGAGUGAACGCCAUAUGGAGCAGUCUGAGAGGAGAGCCAAAAGAAGGAACACAUCAGUAGACGAGAGUUAUGAGUGGGACUCUACUGAUGUCUUUGUGGAUGUAGAAGUCCUGGAGGCCAUGAGAUUGGAUCAGUCAAAUGUGGCCUUUUGGAAAGGCAGACAUGAUCAGUGCACUGGCCUCCAGGAUCACCAACAGAAAGGCCAGUGCCCCUCAGUCAGUCCACCUGUUUUGAACCCACCUCGCCACUAUGGGCGCUCCCUAAGUGAGGAGCGUUUCAAUGCUCUGCGGCAGGAGUACCACGAGUUCAGGCGAGCUCAGGAAUCCACCUGUUACCAUGGCAACGACAGCGACUCUGAGGCCAGCUCGGCUCUGCUCUAGCAGCUCCAUCGAUUUGUCUAAGAAAGGCCCCAAAUAACAUUUUGAAAAACACUGCUGCAGCUCUGCUAUUAUAUCAAUACAUGUUAUUUUUGUAACUCCUUGAAAAGGUUUGAAAAUAAGUAAUUGUUUAAUUUUUUAUAAAUGGUUCAAGCAACUACUGCAUGUUAAACUUUUGUUAUACUCUGACAAUCAGACAAAAGACUAAGACUGUGUGUAGGUGUGUCAAGGACUGAUUUUUAUAAAAGCUGCCCACUAGGUUAUGAAGGUCACAUUUCAGAACUAUUGCUUUGAAGAUUUGCCUUUUCAUCAAAGAGAUGCAUAUGACAAUUGUCUUAAUCUCAGAUAUGUAUUUGUAAAAUGUUUCUGUGUCAGUAUUUCAAAUGAAGUCAUUUGACUUAUCAACACCUUCUUACAGCUCUUGUUUUUAAUUCUGGGUAUGUUUCAUCCAUGUUAAAAUAUGUUACUUUCUUGAUUUAGACGCACUGGCAAGUUCAGAUUUUAUUAAAGAAACCAUUUAUUGAUGCCAGUAUUAUUUUGUACAUAAUUACUGUACAAAUGUUUAUAUGUAUUUAAUGUAAAUCAACUCUUUUGAUAUGAUUUCCUCUAAAGAGAAACUGCUACUUCACUAGAAUUGAUCUAUAACAUGCUCCUUUUAGCCUUUUAAAAAAAGAUAUUACACUGCAAAACUUGAUAACACAGGGAAAGUGAAUACUGCCUUAUGUUUAAAGCUACAGGCAAUAAAGCUCACCACCAGAUCAAACAUUAUUUUGUACAAAUCCGUGUUUAUUUUUAAGCAGAUAUAUUCUGUAUAACUAUUAAAGUAUUGCCGUAUUGUAAUGCAACUGUUUACAAGACACAUUGCUGAUGUGAAAGCAACACUGUGAAAAUGUCUUUUUCUGACUUUUGAUUCUGAAUGUGGAUUGCAAAUCUUAUUGCUUAUCUAAUUUGUGCCCAACUACUGAACAGCCUGUACAUUAUACUGGGUAUAUUAAAGCUAAUUUUGUAAGUGGACUAUGAUCAAGAGGUAAAAUUAUCCCCAAAGAAAUGUUAAGAGAAAGAUGCAUUUUUUUCAUGAAGCUUUUAUACAAAAUGUUAUGUUUUUUUUUUAUAUAUUUUUGGUUGUUAUUGUCAUUUUUAUAUGUUUGAAUACAUGGUUUAUGCUGGAUGU